AUUAGAUAAAUCCAAUAUUUUUUAUAGUAUAAUGGACAAGCCGCCAAUAUAAUCUCGAUAAUUUUCAAGAUAAAAAAGUUAGCCACUUAUAAAACCAAUAACUCCCUAAGUUUUUUAUUAUUUUAUAUAUUAAUAGAACAACUUUCGAAUUAGCAGUCAUAAUUAAUAUUAAACUAAAACUAAGUAGCAAAAAACUUCCAAUAAUUUUUUUAAUAAUAGUCAGGAGUGUUUAAAAAAAGGAAAUGCGAAUUAAAGUUAAAAGAAAUUGGGAUAAGAUUAUAAGUAAUUUUAUUUUGAGAAGGAAGAUCAAGAAGAAGAAGUUUCAUUCAAAUAAUUAUGUUUAGAAAUGAAUAAAUUGUUAUGA